UCCUGUCACAACGCGCGUGUGGGCUUCCGUAGCGCUCCGACUGAUGACACUUGGUCGCUGGAGAAGUUGUAAAACGCAGCAUUUAAACUCUUUUAAAUUUAAAUCUUCUCUGGUCAGAACAAUGAGUCGGAGUUACAACGAUGAGCUGCAGUACCUGGAGAAGAUGGGCAAGAACUCGUGGAGGAUUAAAAAAGGUUUUGUUCCCAACAUGCAGGUGGAGGGCAUCUUCUACGUCAACGAGCCUCUGGAGAAGCUGAUGUUUGAGGAGCUCCGCCAGGCGUGUGGAGGCAGAGGUGGUGUCGGGGGAUUCCUUCCAGCCAUGAAACAAAUCGGCAACGUGGCGGCACUGCCGGGGAUCGUACACAGUCCAUCGGUCUCCCAGACGUUCACUCUGGUCGGAUUUGCGAUCGGAAACAUGGCCGCCUUCGACAUGAGCAACCCCGACGCCGUGGUGUCUCCAGGCGGCGUCGGGUUCGACAUUAACUGCGGCGUCCGUCUGCUGAGGACGAACCUGGACGAGGGGGACGUCCAGCCGGUGAAGGAGCAGCUGGCCCAGGCGCUGUUCGACCACAUCCCCGUGGGGGUCGGGUCCAAGGGAGUCAUCCCCAUGGGGGCCAAGGACCUGGAGGAGGCUCUGGAGAUGGGAGUGGACUGGUCCCUGAGGGAGGGCUACGCCUGGGCCGAGGACAAGGAGCACUGCGAGGAGUACGGCCGCAUGCUGCAGGCCGACCCCAACAAGGUGUCCUCCAAGGCCAAGAAGAGAGGCCUGCCGCAGCUGGGGACUCUGGGAGCAGGAAACCACUACGCUGAGAUCCAGGUGGUGGACGAGAUCUACAACGACUACGCCGCCAAGAAGAUGGGCAUCGACCACAAAGGCCAGGUGUGUGUGAUGAUCCACAGCGGCAGCCGGGGGCUCGGGCACCAGGUCGCCACAGCUCACGGGUCAGCCGGUGUUGAUCGGAGGGACGAUGGGAACCUGCAGCUACGUCCUCACCGGGACGGAACAAGGCAUGACGGAGACAUUCGGCACCACCUGUCACGGAGCGGGCCGCGCGAUGUCCCGGGCCAAGUCCCGCAGGAACCUGGACUUCCAGGACGUCCUGGACAAGCUGGCGGACCAGGGCAUCGCCAUCCGGGUGGCGUCGCCCAAACUGGUCAUGGAGGAGGCUCCCGAGUCGUACAAGAACGUAACGGACGUGGUGAACACGUGUCACGACGCCGGUAUCAGCAGGAAGGCGAUCAAGCUGCGGCCGAUCGCCGUGAUCAAAGGCUGAGCACGCACAAAACCACGUCCACAGACUGUCACGCAACAGGAAGAGACUCCUGCACAGGAAGCUGCAGAAGAAGAAGAAGAUCGUUUGAUUUAUAUUCUGUUGCUUUGGGGUUGGAGGUAGUUUAAGUUGAAGGAAACAUGAGGUUGAAAAUGUAAUUUC